GAAAAAUCUCAAAUUCCCUUCUCAGUUUUCCAUACGUCAUUCCCGAUUUGCUUCUUCCGAGAUCACUGCCGCUCGGAGAAUUCGGAAGCGACUUCGAAGGAAUAACGCUAUUCGGAGGUGUAAUGUAGGAGUAUGUUUAAAGCGUUGUGGAUUAAUUUGAUGUUUCUCAAGUCAGUUGGUUGAGAAAAGAUGGAAUCAAUAGUGAACAAGUAUCGGCAGAAAUUCAGGAGAGUGAAGGGGGAGAUGUGCCGAUGGGAAGAGCUUCAAUCGAGGCUGAUAUCCCAAUUUGGUAACGCCUCUUCUAUCAUCCAGAGGUUGCAGAUUAUUCAAGAUGGAAAGAAUUAUGGGGCUUUAAAGUGCGUUGAAGGAAUAGAAGAUGCGGUGCUGGCAAGGCAAAUGGAGUCUCUGCAGCAUAUCUUGAUCUCCAUGGGGCAGACUAUGGAAGAAUUUCGUUUGGUUGUCUCAUCCCUUCAGAAGAUAGUUCGUGACAGCAGGCAGCUUGUGGGAGCUUCAUCUUCCAAAUCAAAUUCAAAACAACUGAAGCAGCGGGUUGGUGUAAAACCAACACUCUCAGAAUGUUUAGACGGACUUAGGCUCCUCGAAGAAAUGCAUCAAGCAGAGUAUCAUCUUAAAUUAUCCGUGAUCUCAGCACUUCCUGAUCUUGCAUUGAAACCGAGUGCAACGGGCGAUUUAGGUGCACUUCAGCAACUCUUGAUUGAUCAACCUAAUAUUCCCCAAGAGGAAGUGCAAUUUGUGUACGGCAUUAUAUUUGCUGAAGAGAUCUCGUGAGAUGCUGCUCUAGACUAUCCAUCCAUUCCUCAUCAAGACGGGUGUGCGGUCAUUGCAGAAGCCCGACACUGAUGCUUAAAGAUCUCCCUUCUGUCCGUCGUCGUCGGAGCAAAUUCGGGUGUGGUUUUAGUUUGCUUUGGGUUUUGAACUGUGAAAGGGAUCUCUCCUCUCCUGUUUUUCUUGACAGGUCGGUAAGUAAAUUUACUAACUUUUGCAUCAGAAUGCGACUCUUAAGAUGAAAUGAUGGAUGCAUUAAUUUGAUAGUAUGAUGAUUCAAUUUUAGACAUCUUGAAUGAUAUUUUAAUGCAUGAGAAAGUUUCAAAGUUU